GCUCCCGCCGCGUCCCGGAGCGUCAAGGCGCUGGCGGACCGACUCGCCAGCAGUUGGCACUGGGGGCGCUGGCGCGUCUGCCGCUCCACUCUCCCGCCGGCAGCCUCGGGCGCCCGGAGCCAGCGGUCCAGGCUGCGGUGCCGCGCGGGGGGCCGGGAUCGGGCGGCGGGAGGCUGCGAGGCGGGAGGCGGAGGAGGCGGAGGCCGGCUGGAGCCCCGCGCGUGCCCCAGCCUCGCUCGCAGCCCAGAGCUUGGGGCUCGGCGCCCGCCCGGCCCCUGCCCGCGCGGCCACAUGGCUCCUCUCCGCGCGCGGCUGUCCUGCCUGCUGCUCUUGCACUGUGCGCUCUGCGCCGCCGCGGGCAGCCGGACCCCAGAGCUGCGCUUCUCAAGAAAGCUCAGUGACUAUGGUGUGACAGUGCCCUGCAGCACAGAUUCUCGGGGACGCUUCCUCUCCCACGUGGUAUCUGGGCCAGCAGCAGCCUCCACAGGGAGUUCAGAGGUGGGCAGGCCACGCACACCGCUGCCGCACUCCAGUCACCUGCGGGUGGCCCGAAGCCCACUGCACCCUGCAGGAGUGACCUUGCGGCCUGGCAGGGUGGGGCGCUCCUCCCUCUACUUCAAUGUCACUGUUUUUGGGGAGGAACUGCACUUGCACGUGCGGCCCAACCGGCGGCUGGUGGUGCCUGGAGCCUCAGUGGAGUGGCAGGAGGAUUUUCGGGAGUUGUUCCGGCAGCGCUUGCGGAGGGAGUGUGUCUACACCGGGGGUGUCACGGGCAUGCCAGGGGCAGCUGUCGCCAUCAGCAACUGCGAUGGAUUGGCGGGCCUCAUCCGCACAGACAGCACCGACUACUUCAUUGAGCCCCUGGAGCGGGGGCAGCAGGAGACAGAGGCCAGCGGGAGGAUGCACGUGGUGUACCGCCGGGAAGUCAUCCAGCAGGCAUGGACUGAGCCUCUCGGGGACCUUCACAAUGAAGCUUUUGGCCCGGGCGACCUUCCCAACCUGCUGGGCCAGGUGGGGGACCAGCUGGGAGAAGCGGAGCGGAAGCGGCGACACGCCAAGCGGGGCGGCUACAGCAUCGAGGUGCUGUUGGCGGUGGACGACUCGGUGGUGCGCUUCCACGGCAGGGAGCACGUGCAGAACUACGUGCUCACGCUCAUGAACAUUGUGGAUGAGAUUUACCAUGAUGAGUCCCUAGGGGUCCACAUAAACAUCGCCCUUGUCCGCUUGAUCAUGGUUGGCUACCGACAGUCCCUGAGCCUGAUCGAGCGCGGGAACCCCUCUCGCAGCCUGGAGCAGGUGUGUCGCUGGGCACACUCUCAGCAGCGCCAGGACCCCGGCCACGUGGAGCACCACGACCACGUCAUCUUCCUCACCCGGCAGGACUUUGGGCCCUCAGGUAUGCAAGGGUACGCGCCGGUCACGGGCAUGUGCCACCCGCUGAGGAGCUGUGCCCUCAACCACGAAGACGGCUUCUCCUCGGCCUUCGUGGUAGCCCAUGAGACUGGCCACGUGCUUGGCAUGGAACACGAUGGUCAGGGCAACGGCUGUGCGGACGAGACCAGCCUGGGCAGCGUCAUGGCGCCCCUGGUGCAGGCCGCCUUCCACCGCUUCCACUGGUCCCGCUGCAGCAAGCUGGAGCUCAGCCGCUACCUCCCCUCCUAUGCCUGCCUGCUUGAUGACCCCUUUGAGCCUGCCUGGCCCCGGCCUCCAGAGCUGCCUGGCAUUGACUACUCGAUGGACGAGCAAUGCCGCUUCGACUUCGGCGCUGGGUACCACACCUGCUCCGCGUUCAGGACCUUCGAGGCCUGCAAGCAGCUGUGGUGCAGCCACCCUGACAACCCGUACUUCUGCAAGACCAAGAAGGGGCCCCCGCUGGAUGGGACCGAGUGCGCACCAGGCAAGUGGUGCUUCAAAGGUCACUGCAUCUGGAAGUCGCCAGAGCAGACUUACGGCCAGGACGGAGGCUGGAGCUCCUGGACCAAGUUCGGGUCGUGUUCACGGUCUUGUGGGGGCGGGGUUCAAUCCCGUAGCCGGAGCUGUGACAAUCCCCCCCCAGCCUACGGAGGCCGCCUGUGCUCGGGGCCCACGUUCCAGUACCAGGUCUGCAACAGCGAGGAGUGUCCGGGGCCCUAUGAGGACUUCCGGGCCCAGCAGUGCGCCAAGCGCAACUCCUACUAUGUCCACCAGAACGCUAAGCACAGCUGGAUACCCUAUGAGCCGGACGAUGACACCCAGAAGUGUGAGCUGAUCUGCCGGUCAGAGGACACGGGGGACGUGGUCUUCAUGAACCAGGUGGUCCACGACGGGACCCGCUGCAGCUACCGGGACCCAUACAGCGUCUGUGCCCGCGGCGAGUGUGUGCCCGUCGGCUGUGACAAGGAGGUGGGGUCCAUGAAGGCAGAUGACACGUGUGGGGUCUGUGGCGGUGACAACUCCCACUGCAGGACUGUGAAGGGGACGCUGGGCAAGGCCUCCAAGCAGGCAGGGGCUCUAAAGCUGGUGCAGAUCCCAGCAGGUGCCAGGCACAUCCAGAUUGAGGAGCUGGAGAAGGUCCCCCACUGCAUUGCGGUGAAGAACCAGGUCACAGGCAGCUUCAUCCUCAACCCCAAGGGUAAGGAAACCGCGAGCCGGACCUUCACCGCAAUGGGCCUGGAGUGGGAGUACGCCGUGGAGGACGCCAAGGAGAGCCUCAAGACCAGUGGGCCCCUGCCUGAAGCCAUCGCCGUCCUGGUGCUCCCCCCGGCUGAGGGCGGCCCCCGCAGCAGCCUGGCCUACAAGUACGUCAUCCAUGAGGACCUGCUGCCCCUUAUUGGGAGCAACAACGUGCUCCUGGAGGAGACAGACACCUAUGAGUGGGCCCUCAAGAGCUGGGCGCCCUGCACCAAGGCCUGUGGAGGAGGGAUCCAGUUCGCCAAGUACGGCUGCCGGCGCCGACGAGACCACCACUUGGUCCAGCGGCACCUGUGCGACCACAGGAAGAGGCCCAAGCCCGUCCGCCGGCGCUGCAACCAGCACUCGUGUGCCCAGCCUGCGUGGGUGACGGAGGAGUGGGGCUCCUGCAGCCGGAGCUGUGGGAAGCUGGGGGUGCAGACUCGGGGGGUGCAGUGCCUGCUGCCCCUCUCCAAUGGUACCCACAAGGCCAUGCCGGCCAAGGCCUGCCCCGGGGACCGACCCGAGGCCCGUCGGCCCUGCCUCCGUGUGCCCUGUCCAGCCCAGUGGCGGACAGGAGCCUGGUCCCAGUGCUCUGUCACCUGCGGAGAGGGCAUCCAGCAGCGGCAGGUGGUGUGCCGGACCAACGCCAGCAGCCUGGGGCAGUGUGAGGGGGACAAGCCGGCCGUGGUCCAGCUCUGCAGCCUGCCCGCCUGCGGAGGAAAUCUCCAGAACUCCACAGUGAGGGCUGACGUCCAGGAACUUGUGACUCCAGAUAGGCAGGGGGUGCCACCGUCUGGACCCCUAGAUCCCAUCAACAAGAUAUCAUCAACGGAGCCCUGCGUGGGGGACAGGUCCAUCUUCUGCCAGACGGAAGUGCUCGAUCGCUACUGCUCCAUCCCUGGCUACUACCGGUUGUGCUGUGAGUCCUGUACCAAGAAGACCUCGGGGCCUGAUGCCAGCCCAGACCCCCACCUGGCCUCACCGCCACCCUUCCUCACUCCUGGGAGCCCCUUCCCAGGAUCCGAGGCCCCUCCAGAAGCUGUGGAGCCCACUGUGGGGCCAGCAGGAUCAGAUGACCAUCCGCAUGGCCGACCCACACAGCUCCCAGGACCUCUGGGCACAGCUUCCCCAGUGACCCAGCGCCGCUCUGCUCCCCAGAAACUGAACCCUACAGCAUUCUGGGGGACUUCCCCUCGUGCCCCUCGGGGACUGCCCUCAGGCUGGACUGGGGCCCCUGCACCAGCCUCUGAAAACAAAGGGCAGCUCAGGGAAGACCCGAAGCAUCCAGGCACCAGCCUUCCUGCCACCUCCCUGGUGACAUGAGCCCCGCCUCGCCCAUCCCACCAGUCAAGUUUACACUUUGUGUGCUGCCCUGGAGAUCCCCCAGCUCAGAGGACACACAGCGGGGCAGGGGCAAGCGUGGACUGCCUUUUAAAUUAUUCGCCUUCUUAUUGUUCUCGUUUGGGGCUGUGACGCUUUUCACCCCAUGACGUGAGUGUGUGAGGAAGAAAAAGAUCAGGGAAAGCCCUAACCGGAGAUACCUCAGCAAGCAGCCCAGGUGACCAAAUCAGACCUCUCAGGGGCUCCUAUCUGUCUCUCCUGCCAGGACUGAGGGCCAGCUAACACCCUCACCCCCACCACACACAGCCACACACAGCUGCUGGGCCCCAACUGCAUCCCUUUGCCAGCACUCAUGGGGACCCCUGUGGAGGCCCUGUCUACUGGGCCCCUCUGCCCAGAGAGCCAAAGCAGGGCCAGCGAAGCUGGAGGGAGCACUCACAGGGUGGUCCAGGAAGAAGUGGGCUGGGGGCGAAUGUGGUCGCAAGGCUCCAGCUCCAGGGCGAGGGUAGGUGGGGGGCAAGUUCAUCUCAGACCCAGCUCUUCACAGCGAGAGCUCCAGGCAGCUCCUCCAGCCAAGGCCCAGGAGCAGAGUCCAACUCGCAUCUGCUGGCUGGAGGGCAAUGUUGGUGGCCACUUCUGCCUCUGCAGAUGGCACUUCCUGUUACUUCUGGUGCCUCCAGGUUACAGGUGGGCCUGCUAACCUCACCCCAGCCCCCCUGAGAAGGGGGCUCUGGACACCCUGGAAUGUGUGUCCUUACCAUCCAGGGGUUCCCAGCUGGUGCUAGACCCAUGGCUGGACCAGGAAUGGCAACUGUGGUCAUCACUCUGGUGUGUGAAGGGAGCACGGCCUGAAGGUGACGUGAUAGGGCACAGAGGAGACGUGAGUUCUCAGGCUGAGCCCCGUCAAUCACUGCCCUCUACCAAAGCACGCUCCCACCGGAGUCAGGGGUCUUCUUCUCCCACCUGGCUUAUGCUGGGCCAGAGGUUUGUCUGUGGUGCUGGGUGGGGUUAGGGGUGUGACAAGGGUCAGGUGCCCCAGGGCAGGACGUGAGCCUCUGCGCUGUGUGGGGGUGGGGAGGAGACACUGGCCCACAGCGCCCUGGGGCCUCGGCUGCCCCCCCACCCCUGCCCUGUUACCUCCAAGGGCAGGUGACUUCCCUGGACCCUCUGGCUCUCAGGAAGCCGCCUGGUUCCCAGGAUGUCUCCCAGGGGUCCUCGCUCUGAGUCGUGCAGAGGGUCUCCCAGACUCCUUAGCAGGCCGUAGAGGUGCUGGCCAGUUCUUCUGUUUCCAGGGCACGGGAGCCACUCUGAGCCAGGCUAGAGGAAUAGGAGCAGUGGGCCCCGGGCUGCAACCCCUGGAGCAUGCAGGCCCUAGAGGGGUUCCCCAGGUGCCCUCUCCACCCGCUGCCCGCCCCCUCCCAGGGAGGCCGGGGCACACACUGAACCAUUCCUGCGCGACUCUGUCUGCUGUGUUAAGUGCCUUUGAGAUCCAGAUCCUUACAUUUUUAUGUAUUUAUUAACAUUGUCCUUGGCGUUUGUUUUG